CUCAGAUAUAAACUCCCUGGUGUGUUUUCUAACUUCUCCAACAUAUCAUAAGACUAAGAAUGGCUGCUACAUCUGCUGCUGCUGCUGCUUUGCUCAAUGGUCUGGGUUCAUCUUUUUUGAGUGGUGGCAAGAGGAGCCAAUCUUUGUUGGCUGCAACCACUAGUGCUAGGACUGGUGGUUCUGUGGCUCCUAAAAGGCUGACUGUAGUUGCUGCUGCUGCUAAGAAGUCCUGGAUCCCUGCUGUUAAAGGUGGUGGCAACUUGGUUGACCCUGAGUGGCUCGAUGGCUCGCUCCCUGGUGACUUUGGUUUUGACCCACUAGGACUUGGCAAGGAUCCAGCAUUCUUGAAGUGGUACCGAGAAGCUGAGCUAAUCCACGGGCGAUGGGCGAUGGCAGCAGUUCUUGGAAUCUUUGUUGGCCAGGCAUACAGUGGCAUCCCAUGGUUUGAAGCUGGUGCAGACCCUGGUGCCAUUGCACCUUUCUCUUUCGGUACACUCCUCGGAACCCAACUCAUUCUCAUGGGAUGGGUUGAGAGCAAAAGAUGGGUGGAUUUCUUCAACCCUGAAUCCCAGUCUGUCGAAUGGGCGACUCCAUGGUCCAAGACGGCUGAGAACUUUGCGAAUGCCACAGGUGAACAAGGAUACCCUGGUGGCAAAUUCUUUGACCCUUUGGGAUUUGCAGGAACAAUUCAAAAUGGAGUUUACAUUCCUGACACUGACAAACUUGAAAGAUUGAAGCUCGCAGAGAUCAAGCAUUCCAGACUUGCUAUGUUGGCUAUGUUAAUUUUCUACUUUGAGGCAGGUCAAGGAAAGACACCCCUUGGUGCUCUUGGUUUGUAAGCGGUCUUGUAACUGAAACAAUAUGUAAAAAUUAUGUUGAUUUAGAGAAACCUACAAAGCUGAAUACAAUAGUCCUCAAGCUUUGAUUCGGACUACAAUUAAAUUCAGAUUCUUAUGGUGUUGAUUUCUA